AAAAAACCCCUCUUAAGUUCUUGUUUUCAAACAAUUCUACUGUUAUUUAAGCAGAAUUCCUUAAACCCUACCGUCGGAUUGCUUGAAGAUUUCUCCAGGGAAAUUAUUUUCUGUUUCCGAGUUAUCUCCCGUUUGAACAAAUUUCUUUAUAGAUGGCUAACCCUUCAAACAGUAAUGAACUUUGUGAUGCUGAUGAACAAAUGAAAAGCAAGCGCAGGAGAAAAAAGUCCAUUGUCUGGGAACACUUUACAAUUGAGACCAUUGAUGCAGAAUGUACAAGAGCCUGUUGUAAGCAAUGCAAGAAAUCAUUUGCUUACAUUUCACGCAAAAAGCCAGCUGGUACUAGCCACCUUAAACGACAUAUUGACUUAGGAAUUUGCCCGGUAAGCCGUCUUAAUCAGAAAAGCAAUCAAGAUUCUUCAUGUACCCUUGUUUCCAACGAUAAUGGUGCCCAAAAUGUUGAUGAUCUCCCAAGAAAACGCCAUAGACGUACAUCUCGCACACCAAGUUUCUCUUUUGAUCAAGAUUAUUGCAGACAUAAAAUUGCAAAGAUGAUAAUUAUGCAUGAAUACCCACUUGAAAUUGGGGAACACCCGGGCUUUGUGGAUUCUGUAAGAGCUCUUCAACCUCAGUUCAAGAUUGUUUCCCUUGAUGCUAUCCAAAGGGAUUGUCUCGGGUUAUACCAAAAGGAAAAACAGUCUCUUUUGAAUCUUAUUUCCGGCAUAUCUGGAAGAGUUAGCCUUUCUUUGGAUAUAUGGUCUACGGAUCAAACCAUUCUGAAUCUGCUUUCAAUCAUGCCGUUGUUUCAUGCAUUUCCGCUUGGAAUUUGGACUCCAAGAUAUUUAUGGUAACUCUUGAUGAAUCCUUUUCAAAUGAAGCCAUGAAAAGAAACCUAAGAAGUCUACUUUUUGUAAAUAACCCGCUAGUU